AGCGGCGGCAACAUUGUUUAGUGUUGGUUCUGUUUUACAAUUGCUAGUUUCCUUUGCUUGUUGCUUGGCUGCUGAACGGUGGAGUGGCGUGGACCUCAUGUAGAAAUGACAACAAUGGAAGGGGCCAGCGGGUCGAGUUUUGGAAUAGACACGAUUUUGUCCAGUGCCAGCUCGGGCAGCCCCGGCAUGAUGAAUGGAGAUUUCCGCUCGCUUGGUGAGGCCAGGACCACGGAUUUUAGGAAUCAGGCCACCCCGUCCCCCUGUUCGGAGAUCGAUACCGUAGGAACAGCUCCUUCUUCUCCUAUCUCGGUCACCAUGGAGCCCCCAGAGCCACACCUGGUGGCAGAUGGGCCCAAGCAUCACCACCUCCUCCACCACAGCCAACAGCCUGCUGCGGCUCCAACGCAAAGUUUGCAGCCUUCUCCCCAGCAGCAGCAGCAGCCUCCGCCACAGCAGCCGCCGCCGCCUGCCCAGCAGCUGGGCUCGGCCGCCUCCGCCCCCAGGACUUCCACGUCUUCUUUUUUAAUUAAGGACAUCUUGGGCGACAGCAAACCUCUGGCGGCGUGCGCACCCUACAGCACCAGUGUCUCGUCUCCCCAUCACACCCCGAAGCAGGAGAGCAACGCUGUACACGAGAGCUUCAGGCCAAAGCUGGAGCAGGAGGACAGCAAGACCAAACUGGACAAGCGGGAGGACUCCCAGGGCGACAUCAAAUGCCACGGAACAAAGGAGGAGGGAGACAGGGAGAUUACUAGUAGCCGAGAGAGUCCCCCUGUGAGAGCCAAGAAGCCUCGGAAGGCCAGGACGGCGUUCUCUGACCACCAGCUCAACCAACUAGAGCGUAGCUUUGAGCGGCAGAAGUAUCUGAGCGUGCAGGACCGCAUGGACCUGGCAGCUGCACUGAAUCUCACCGACACUCAAGUCAAGACCUGGUACCAGAAUCGCAGGACCAAGUGGAAGCGGCAGACCGCCGUGGGCCUGGAGCUGCUGGCCGAGGCAGGGAACUACUCGGCGCUGCAGAGGAUGUUCCCGUCGCCUUAUUUCUAUCACCCUAGCCUGCUGGGCAGCAUGGACAGCACCACGGCGGCGGCGGCGGCCGCUGCCAUGUACAGCAGCAUGUACCGGACUCCUCCUGCACCUCACCCCCAGCUGCAGCGGCCCCUGGUGCCCCGUGUGCUCAUCCACGGCCUGGGGCCUGGGGGACAGCCGGCCCUCAACCCCUUGUCCAACCCUAUCCCGGGCACCCCGCAUCCCCGGUGAAGGGAGCAGGAAGGCGCUGCCAUCCCCCGCCCCACCCGCCGCCCCGGCCGGGACAGCUGCCCCCUUCUUUUUUCAAGCCUCCCUAGCAACUGACCCUGGGAGGCCGAGGAGUUGAGAGAGGAAGAAGGUCUUCCGUGGGCUUGGGGGCCCCUCCCCCCAAAGAGGAUGGACAGCCCUCUGCUGCCCGGCUUUCCCCCAGUCCCCCAGACACAAUACAGACCUGGAAAGCUCCGCUACACCAGUGUGACUGGCGGAAAAAAAAAAAAAACGCUGACCCUACAUAAAGUGCGACCAGUAAGUGAAAACAUCGAUGAAAACAAAAACCUCAAUUUUUUUUUAAACGGCUUUGGGGACAAGCAGGCGGGAGGGAGGGGGAGGGCUGAGGAGGGAAGAAGGAAGGACAGGAGAGGAAGCGGAGCAGGCAGAGAGAGCUGCACACAGCCGGGACAGCCAGACCACAAAGUGCGGAGGCAUUGAGCGCGUUCGUAGAGUGGAUCGGAGAAAGCAAGAGGGUAACAGGAGAACUUUGCACUGAUUUCUCAUGACCUUUUUUCUUUUGGAAAAGUGGCAUGCUCCAUACUAAGUAAAAAAUGUACAUUUGAAAGACUGAGUGAUAAGUGAUAUAUCAUAUUUAUUAUAUGUUGUUCAAAAAGAGUCACUUAUAUACGUUAGUAAAAACAUGACUUUUUUCUUUUUCAUGUCUUUUGGAUUCAGUAAAAUAAAUGCUUAGACAAAAGAUAUAGAUUUUUUUGUGAUUGAAGAUUACAAAAAAUAAAGUUUAUCUUUUUUUAACAA